CACAGUCUUUUUUUUUGUCUUUGUUUGUUUAUCUACAGUAUGCGUUAGACUGGGGCAACAGAGUCGAGAUGGCCGACAGUCCCUCAGGCCCACCCACGGUUAUAGGAGGCAACAGUGUCAAGCAAGAUCAGGCCUCCCUCUGUGUACAGAUGAUGACUGGGUUUCUAAAUGCCCCUCUGGCUGCAGACUCCAGGGUUUGAUCUCGCAGAUGGAAAGCGAGUUGGAGAAGAAAAUGAGAAAAGUGUGCAAGGACUCAAAGACGUAUGAAGAUGCAUCUGAGAAGUCCAUGACGACGAUGACACACAUCUACAACUCCAACCGGAAAGUCCUCGUCAAUGAAUACAUGUCGGAGCUGAAGUUCGUCGAUUACGCCGAAGGAUUGGCCAGGAAUCUCACGGUACUACGGAAACGAUCAGCCAAACUGUCGCAGCAACUCAAGGAGCUAAGCGGCAACGCUCAGGAGCAGAUUGAGGAAUUGUACAGAACAGAGGUGGACAUUGACAUGAAGUUACGAGCCUGCCAUGGUUCCUGCCGGUCAGCUGUACCAUUCAGUGUCGAUCAUUCCAGCUAUCAAACGCUCCAAACUCACAUGGAUCAGGUGGACAAGACUAUGAACCAGAGAAGGAAGUCUGCUAAACCUCCUGUAGAGAUCCCACAUGUCAAGCUGCAGCCUGUAGAUAUUGACGUAGCACCAUCUGCCAAAUACAAGAGCAUCCCAAUGGUUCGGAAAGAACUGCUGACACAGUUUGAGGACAUCGGACAGAACCACGUCGUUCUGGAAAACCUACUUCAAGAGGCUCUUGAUCUUUCAGAGUUGGAAUGAUAGAUGGUGAUAGUUAGCAAAGGAAAGAAGCAAGUAACACUUUCUGGAGGGUUUUUCAUCUCAACAGCACUUUGUAACUUGAUUAUUUAAAAGAACUUUUCAAAUAUAUAU